CAGCUUUCCCGUGGUUUGGCAUGGACAUUGGUGGCACACUAGUGAAGCUAGCCUAUUUUGAGCCUAUUGACAUUACAGCAGAAGAAGAGCAGGAGGAAGUAGAAAGCCUAAAGAGUAUACGUAAAUAUCUGACUUCCAAUAUAGCCUAUGGCUCCACAGGCAUACGGGAUGUUCACCUGGAGUUGAAAGACUUGACGCUGUUUGGUAGAACGGGAAAUCUGCACUUUAUUCGUUUUCCAACCCACGAUCUACCAACAUUUAUUCAAAUGGCAAGGGAUAAAAAUUUUUCAACUCUUCACACUGUUCUCUGUGCCACAGGAGGUGGGGCUUAUAAAUUUGAGGAAGAAUUUCGUACAAUUGGAAAUCUUCAGCUGCACAAGGUGGAUGAACUGGAUUCCCUUGUGAAAGGAUUGCUGUAUAUAGAUUCUGUCAGUUUUAAUGGACAGGCUGAGUGCUAUUAUUUUGAAAAUGCUUCACACCCAGAACAGUGCCAGAAGAUCCCAUUUAAUCUGGACGACCCCUACCCUUUACUAGUUGUGAACAUUGGCUCUGGAGUCAGUAUUCUAGCAGUUCAUUCAAGGGACAACUACAAGAGAGUCUGUGGAACAAGUCUUGGUGGUGGGACCUUCCUUGGCCUUUGCAGUUUACUUACUGGCUGUGAUAGUUUUGAAGAAGCUCUGGAAAUGGCAUCAUCUGGUGAUAGCACAAAAGCAGAUAAAUUGGUACGGGAUAUAUAUGGAGGGGAUUAUGAACGGUUCGGACUUCCUGGAUGGGCAGUAGCAUCAAGUUUUGGCAAUAUGAUAUGCAAAGAUAAACGAGAGUCUGUUAGUAAAGAAGAUCUGGCUCGUGCUACAUUGGUAACAAUUACCAAUAAUAUUGGAUCAAUAGCAAGGAUGUGUGCUGUCAAUGAGAAAAUAAACCGAGUCAUUUUUGUUGGCAAUUUUCUCCGUGUUAACACACUGUCUAUGAAGCUUCUUGCAUAUGCAUUGGAUUAUUGGUCAAAUGGUCAACUCAAAGCCUUGUUUCUGGAACAUGAGGGUUAUUUUGGUGCUGUUGGUGCUCUGUUGGGAUUGCCCAAUUUUUCUUGA